UCUUGCUUGUGGGCAGCAGAUGUUCAGUAGAAUUUCAACUUCGUAGAAAUACCGGUAGUGGCAUAGUAGAUUAAAACGUGACCGUUUUCUUUGCUUAAUAGCAGGUUAAAACAUUAGAACUUUGGAAGAUAGUAUUUGACUUCCUUUUUCCCCCCAAUCCAACGAGUUGUCAGCAAUUGACUGAACAUUGCAUGUGUAGUGACCAUCUGUGAACUUCCAGAAUAUUGAUCAAGAUCAUUUUAAUUUGGCAUCUCAAAUUGACUCGCGCUCCGCCACCAUUUCUCCCAGGAACCAGCCCAGUGGGAGGCAGGACGUUUGAUUGGAUAUCUGCGGACAAGGCCUUCAGAAUUGUAUUGAGUGAUAUGCAGCCCAUCACACUCGUCAUUAAACCAACGAGCGUGUAAAACGUGCCAUCACUCAUCAGGGGUUGAUGCGAUCACUGUAUCUGCGGAGGGGAAUAUAAAACAUCACCGGCGACGGUGAAAGAGACGUACACUUGAAUGGGUUUCAAGUCGGUGUAUGGACAUCGAUCGACUGAUGCUAUUGGAACACAGCAAAAGGAAAUCUCUCACCGAAAUCUCUCAAGUUGCGAAUUGGACACCAGAAGAUGCGUUGUAGAACCCACAAGCUGAUUUUAAAGUUGGAAUUGGAAGCUCUGGAAUAAUUAGGAUUAUAUUAAAAAUGGACUUUACAAAUUUGGGAUCCAAUUUUGGAUGGAACUCUCAAAUUUUGAUGUAAACUGAUGCAUAGUGUAUACAUUUACAAUCUGAACAUCUGUGAAGACAGAAAUAGCAAGCAAUGACUUGAUUUCGCUAUGAGCCUGAUCACACAACAAAAUGUUGCUUAGCAUUAAAUUGAGACGAUGAUGUUCCAUGUAGCGUCAGUCACCCCCGCCCCUUCACCAACACCCAUCUCGGCACACCAUCGGUGACACCGAAUCCCACUCUCAUCUCCUUUGCCCCUACUCCUUCUCCCUAUCAUGAAGACCACCGUCAAGCUAGGCCUGACCAUCUCCGCCCUCUGGCUGGCUAGUCUCGUCUUCCUGAGCGGCACGCUGUUCCCCCAGGGGGAGCAGGGGGCGGGGACGGGGGCAGAGUCCAAGGGCGGGGCCGCCUUGGAGCUGAGUCACUUGUCCAAGGAGUUGCAUCGUAUGAGGAGGCAGAAUGAUGAGCUACGCAAACAGGCGCAACAACUCAGGGACCUGGUUGACUUCAGAGCCACAGAGGUUGAAGACAACCCAGCAAUUAUCUUACAAGACAAACUUGCCAAAGCUAAUAACCUACUCCACGGGCUGAAUAAAGAAGGCAUACAACAAGACAACUAUCCAGGGGAUGCAGCAGCAGCAGCGCAGGUCUCCUGCAGCGUCAGUGGCAGCAGCAAUGGCCUGAGCUCCCAAGAGGAGAAGCUCCGUCGUCGCAUUCACAACGGCGUGGUGGAGAUCUGGUACUACCUCAAGGCUGAACUCAAGAAGAUUAAAAUGAUGAGUACCAGUGAGAAAGUCAAAGAGAAGGUGGAUCAGGUGCUAGAGGAUGCUGGUCACCAACAAAGAUCCAUCAUUGUAGAUAUUUACAACUUAAGCAGGGUAGACAACAAGACGGUAUGGAGGGCAAAUGAGGCAAAAUCAUUGAGUGAUUUGGUACAAAGAAGGUUUCAUUAUUUACAGAAUCCCAAAGAGUGUAGCACAGCCCAGAAAGUGGUCUGCAAUCUGAACAAAGGCUGUGGCUACGGCUGCCAGGUCCAUCAUGUAGCCUACUGCAUGAUUGUUGCCUAUGCCACCCAACGCACCCUCGUCUUACAGUCGCGGGGUUGGCGUUAUGCUCCUGAAGGAUGGGAGAAGUUCUUCCUACCUCUGAGUGAGACUUGCCUGGAUCGUCGGGGUGCCACUACUGGCAGAUGGGGUCCUACCACGGACAAGCUUGAGAAGACCCAGGUGAUAGAUCUGCCGAUCAUCGACGGCAUCAACCCCAGGCCGGACUUCCUACCCCUAGCCAUCCCCGAGGACCUCUCGGAGAGGUUGAUGAGACUCCAUGGUCAUCCCACGGUCUGGUGGAUGGGCCAGGUACUCAAGUAUAUCCUCCGUCCUCAGCCUAGGCUAGCCAAGGACUUGGAGAUGGCCGGACAGCGUCUCGGAUUCAAACAUCCUAUCGUUGGGGUGCACGUGAGACGCACUGACAAAGUUGGGACAGAAGCCUCAUUUCACGGUAUUCAGGAAUACAUGGUACACGUGGAGGAGUAUUACCUGACGCUAGAGAGGACCCAACCGAUAACAGAGAGACGAGUUUAUCUUGCCACGGAUGACGCUACGCUAUUAGCAGAGGCAAAAAAAGUGUAUCCGCAGUAUAUUUUUAUAAGUGACAAUGCGAUAUCUCAGUCAGCUGGUCUGGCUAGCAGGUAUACAGAGAAUGCCCUACUAGGAGUCAUCACCGACAUCCACUUCCUUGCGCUGUCCGACUACUUAGUCUGUACAUUCUCCUCACAGGUAUGUCGAGUUGCCUAUGAGAUAAUGCAGACCUAUCACCCAGACGCCUCCGCUUUCUUCCAUUCACUCGACGAUGUCUACUACUUCGGUGGUCAAAACGAGCACCGGCAGGCCGCCCUCUAUGAACACAAGCCCCGCGGCCGGGAUGAGAUUGCCCUAGGGCCGGGGGACACGGUGGGCGUGGCCGGCAACCACUGGGACGGUUACUCCAAGGGGCGGAACCACCGGUUACGCGGACGCAGCAGUGGGCUCUACCCAUCCUACAAAGUCGAGGAAAUAGUGGAGGUGGUUCGAAUGCCUACUUAUCCCCAAGUCCCAUUGCAUGUCACACAUGAAAAGACUGACGAAAAUAAGGACAAAGCAAAAGCCUUUUUAUAAAAAAAUAAAUAAAUAAAUAAAAAAUUGUAAAUAUGUGUAAAAAAGUAUGCAUGUAAAGUUUAGCGAUAUUAAUAAAAUAUUUGAAAAGUUCAAAUCUGAAUUGCAUAAAUUUUGAUACAACUCAGAAAGGCGCUGACAAUUUUUUUAUCCAUCUGCCAUGUUUUUAACCCAAAAUUUGUAUUGUCUGAAAUAACUUGUUUACAUGCAGGACUUAUUGGCUUUAAAUAUUCUGUCUCUUACCAUGACUAAAAUGUAGUGAUUAGGUCUUCCCAGGUUUGUUAAUCUUGACUUUAUGGGGGAAAAUAAUUAAGAUCAAGACGAUUUUCUGUAGGACUAAAUACCAUGUACGCAACUGUAUGCACAGGACUGCGAUUAAAUGCUGGAAUAAUGUUGUGAUUUCUUUGAAAAUUAACUGCCACAAUGACGAAACCAUAGCUGUGGUGUCACGUGAAUGUGUUUGACCGUGUGCUCCGAUUUGGGUUAUGGGUUACUUUCGUUCUCACAACCAAAACCCACCAGCUGAACAUUACAAGAUAAUAUUCAGUCCUAAAUUAAGAAAUUUCCUUGGGAAAAGCAAUCAUUUUAUACUUGUUGAACUGAACUGAAAUGCCCACAUUUUAAACAGUUUUUUUAUCCCUCUGUAGCUCAAAGCCUAGGGUGCAGUGAUGGGCAAGUUUGCACAAGAAGUAUUGUUAACCAUGAUUCGACUAAGUUAGCCCGAACUCUGUCUAGUCGAUGAUGGUUGGAGAAUGCUAGUCAACUAUUUGGAACCAGCCUACUGGGCCUGGUCGCAUUGCUGGUUAUCAAUAGCCUUGUCUCAUUAACUAAGUUCAGAGAGAACCAUUGACAAUAGAUGAAACAUAGCGAGUUGUUCUACCUGCUGGUGGGCCAUGGAGAUAUCUUCCGGUUCAUUCAACAGGUCAAAGAACGUCGAAACAUACUCGUGACCACCAUAUGUUGACAAUGGUUCAACUAGAGUCGUUCGUACUUCAACGUCACAGUGCAUGCGCACUUUUUGACACCAACCAACCAUUGUUGACUAAUGGUUGUUGCCCGAAAUUGCUCCAUGUUUGUAAUUGAAGUCACAUUAGCAACCCCCCCCCCCCCUGUCAUUUGAACAUUUUACACUGUAUUCCAUUUAUCGUAAUUUCUUAAUGUAACAGUAAAUAUCAAUUGAUGAGAUCUCAUAAGCAUCAUGAUGCAUAAUAGGACUGAAAUACUGCAUUAGUCUUAGGCUGUGUGUGGAACCCAUAAACCCCACAAUUCCUCCAAGCGUCUCUCACCCCUCCAACAAAAUAAUAAUUAUAAAAAAAAAUGAAUGAAUAUACAUUUAUUACAAAUUUCCUUUAAUACAAAAUUUGUGCCAAUUUUAUGAUCAUAUGACAAUUUUUUGGGUCAAUUUUCAGAAAAAUGGGACCUUGAUCAUUUCUUUACUUUGAAAAGAAGGAGGGGGAAAGUCACACAAAAAAGCAGUAGGUCAAGAGUUGGGCUUGAUUGUUUCUAGUGUGUCAUUACUUAAAAGUAUAAAAGGUCUGACAAGAUUCGUUAAGACAAAAAUAAGAAACAAGGUGAACAAUUAAAUUGAUGGAGAUUUUGAGUUAUCCAGGUGAUAUAAAUUUCGAGAAAACAAUUGAAACAUGACAACUGGACUUGAACUUAUUAGAUGGAGAACAGUUUCAGGACAUGUCUAGGUCACUUCCUCCGCUCAAAAUAGGUCUUAAAUCGAGGCGGGGUAUUA